UCCGCGUGUGGCGCCGAGCAGCUAGGCUCUGCACGGAUCGGCUCGGACGGCCUCACCCUCGCCAUUGUCUGUGAGCGUGGCUGUCCCUGUUGCGAGUGGCGGGAGGCGCGGCUGCUGACCGCGAUGCUGAAGGGCUCCGCGCCCCCUCAGCGGAGGCAGCGGGAACUGGCUUCAGCCCUGGGGAGCAGCUACCCCGCCUGCUGAAGACUGAAACUUUACGUCCCCGCGGCUUCAUCUCCUCCCCCUUCCCCUCGCCGACCCGGCUCGCCCUUCUCCAUGUGCUGAGCGGCCGGGGGCCCCAUGGACGCCUUCAGCGCCGCCAAAGCCAAAAUGGGGGCGAAGAGCGGCGGCGAGACGGCGGCAGCGGGGCUGGCCGCGCCUCAGCCCGCCGCGCCGGCCCCUAGCCCCGCCGGUCCCGGCUUGCCUGCCGCGCCCGAGCCCGCUGCCUACAAGCUGGAGGACCUGGAGACCCUGGCCACCGUGGGCACGGGUACCUUUGGGCGUGUUCAUCUGGUGAAGGAAAAAAUGGCCAAACGUUACUUUGCACUGAAAGUAAUGAGCAUUCCUGAUGUCAUUCGACUGAAGCAAGAGCAACAUGUGCACAAUGAAAAGUCGGUUUUGAAAGAAGUCAACCAUCCCUUUUUGAUCAGACUAUUUUGGACCAACCAUGAUGAACGUUUUCUAUAUAUGUUAAUGGAAUAUGUGCCAGGAGGAGAACUUUUUAGUUACCUGCGCAACAUGGGGCGUUUCAACAACAGCACAGGACUGUUUUAUUCUGCAGAGAUUAUUUGUGCAAUAGAAUACCUGCACUCCAAAGAAAUAGUUUACAGAGACUUAAAACCUGAAAAUAUAUUACUAGACAAAGAAGGACAUAUCAAGCUUACUGAUUUUGGAUUUGCUAAAAAGCUGGUGGAUAGGACAUGGACGCUUUGUGGCACUCCAGAGUACCUUGCACCAGAAGUUAUACAAAGCAAAGGCCAUGGAAGAGCUGUAGAUUGGUGGGCUCUAGGAAUUCUUGUAUUUGAGAUGCUGUCAGGGUUUCCUCCAUUUUUUGAUGACAAUCCAUUUGGUAUAUAUCAAAAGAUUCUUGCUGGCAAAAUAGAUUUCCCAAGGCAUUUGGAUUUAUAUGUAAAAGACCUUAUUAAGAAGCUGCUUGUAGUUGACAGGACAAGACGAUUAGGAAAUAUGAAGAAUGGAGCAGAUGAUGUGAAGAGACAUCGGUGGUUCAGGUCUAUAGAUUGGGAUGCUGUACCUCAAAGGAGACUAAAGCCUCCCAUAGUGCCGAAAGUAUCCAAUGAUGGGGAUACUUCCAAUUUUGAAGCUUACCCUGAAGAUGACUGGAACAAGAUACCUCCAGUACCCCCUAAAGAUCUAGAAAUUUUCAAGAACUUCUGAAUGUGACAUCUGCACUGAUGAGGAAGGAAGUUGAAGUGCUAACAGCAAGUCUGAAGAAAAAUGGAGUUCAUAUGUAAAUGAAGAAUUUUUUUGGAUAAGAAUGAUACUGCAUUCAAAUAUACAUAUUAGUGUAUAGUAAAUACCUAAAGAGUUGGAGGCAGGCAAGAAUAAUUUUUUGCUGUAAACAUUUGAUAUUAGUAAAUUGUAAUAUUGAUAGUCUAUUCUGAAGUAGACUCACUAAAAUGGUGUAUUUUAGGAUUUUUUUUUUUAACUUAUGGUUUAGUUAAGUUUCCUGCUAUUCCCAGAUCCUUUUUGCAUAGUUAAUUCAUAGACUUAAUUUUAUAAGUUUCUACUAAAAUUGUGUAAUUAAAAGCACAAAUUAGUAUAUAUGUAUAUAAUGAAUACAGUACAACUAAAGCACAGGAACUGUGCAAAGAUGUAAAUUUUUGUACUUUUCAGAGUCUAUGAUUUUUAUUUUUCAAAUAAUGUUUUUCAAGAAGUUCUCUAGGAAUAAAAAUCUUAAAAGGAUAAAUGAGUUUUUCAUCAUCUUAUAUACAUUUUAUAAUUCUUUGUAAAAAAUAAAAAUAAUUACGUUUUAAAAAAUAUUUGUACCUAAAAUUUCCAAUGCCUCACAAUUGCAACCAUAGUACUUGAAAGCAGAAAGACAAGGGCAUGUUUUAUUGCUGUUUAAGAUGCAUCUUAAUGGCUGACUUAUAAAGUUCUGUUACGGUGAUGUCUCUACAAACCAAGAUACUGAGUGUUUAUGUACUGUCUGAAAUGAGAUUCCUCACAUGAAGACUGCAGUUCAGUGCAUAGUGAUAAAAGGGCUCUAGCUGGCUCUUACGGGAGUUGUUGUCUCUCAAGCUUUCUGCCUUCUCCAGAUGUAAAAAAAGACUUCUUCUAUUAUUGAAAUGGAUGUUUUUGAGUGCUUGGCAGUUCAGAAUAUCAGAGGGAAGACUGAAAAUAUAUUAGAGCCUGAUUCUUCUACUCCUCCUUUUGGAAGUGUCCUAAAAUCUCUGCUGACAGGAAUUCCGUAUGUGCAGAAUUCAAACCUUAGAUGUAAGGAGUCUCUUAUUUUCACCUUGUACUAACGUCCUUCUAGCAGCUUGCAUACACUGUAUUUUAGCAAGUAUGUGCAAUACUGCUUCAUUUUAAAUAGCACCAAAUAUCAGUAUGUGCGUAUAUAUGUACCUAGUAUAUGAAUACACAUAAAUAUGAAGGUAGAUUUUAUAAAAGUCAGGCUCUUUUUUUAUGAUUUUUUUUUUUACAUAUUGUGAUACUUGUGUUAAAAUAGGGGAACUGGUUUUGAAGUGCUUGGAUUUCAAAAAGUAAUGACAUUCUCUCAGAUGUGGGUUUUGAUAACUUCUAGUGAAAUCAUUAUGCCAAUUUUUUUUUCCAAAGUCUGUCAGCUCAUUGAAGUUCCACUAUAAUAGCUCUACAUAAAACUGUAUACCAUACAAACAGCUUCUGCAAAUUGCUCUUCACCUUUCUGAUCUGAAAUGCUACAAGAAACAUAGGCUAAAGAUUAUUUUUCGGAACUAAAGCCUGAAUGCUUAUGAAGUAGACGUUCUAUUAAUCUCUACUUAAAUUACUGUACUUAUAAUAUUGUGACAGAUCUGCAUCUGGAGUCUCCUUUUGGAAUAGUGACUUCCAUUUUCUUCCGUGUAACUCUAAAGAGUACAGAAAUGCUGUUGAGAUCUUGCAAUUUCUAGGUUACAGGAUCUAUUUCUUCAUAAAGCAAGUCUUACCUUGAAGAGACUGCAAAAAUGCACAAUGUGUGGCAAAAUGAGGAUACUUCAAAGUGGUAAUUUUGGAACGUCACAAAGUCAUCUCAAUGUUAUGCAAGUGCCACAGAAUAAUGGCCCACAUGCCACUCAGUAAAACCUGUGUAGGAAUGUAUAAUGAAAUACAGGAAAAUCCAUAGAAAGUGAUUGUUUCAAUGUGGUAAAAAUACCUUGCUCUCCUGAAAAAAAUUAAUCCGGUCCACUGUUUGUGUAUCCGUGAGGUAAGUUAUUCCAUAUCAGUCAGAAAAACUGAAGCACAUAAAACGUAACUUAAUUUGUCUAAUGGGAGCAAGCACAGUUCAGCGCUUUUGGGUUUUUUUUUUUGUCCAUGUGAGCUUAAACUAUUUUAUGGAUUCUGAGUACUACAAAACCAGUUUCUUAUUUAAAAAUGUACCUACUGCAACAGCAAGUGUGCUAAAUAUAUUUUUUUCCAAGUUUAAAAAACACACUGUGUUUUAAGUCUUCAAAGCUGAGGAAAUGAAGUUGCAUUUAACUUUUGUGCUACAUGAUUUAAAAGUUUUGAAUGCUUGAACAACAGAGAUAGUGGAUUUAUUUUCAUGAAUCUUAUCCAUUGCUGGCAGUGGAUGCACUGACACUCAUUAUGACAGAGACUAAAGGAACUAAUACAUCUUAUUAAUAAUGCUAAUCCAUUGCCUUUACAUUGUUUCCAGAGCCAUGUGUCCAUAUGCCUAACUACUGACCUCGUCAACAUGCUUUCUAGUACAAAACUGCUUUCAGUUAUUUUAUCCUUACUUAAAAAAAAAAUAACCAACCCAAAACGUUCUUGAAGCAUUAUUUUAAGUGAUCAGUUAUUUUCUCAGCAGUCUUAAACUUAUUAUUAUUGUUAUCUGCCCAUUUUAUUUAUUUGCACCAGUGAGUAUGUUUUAUUUUAAGUUUCAUUUUAAGUCUUCGCUGGGACAUCCUGGCCCACUAAUAUAAUUCUGUCUGAGCACUCAUGCAGAAGUUCCCAGAUGGGCACUGCACUAAGGACUCAAGAUUUAUGGUUUAGUUUGGUUUUUGGUUUGUUUGGGUUUUUUUGUCUGUUUGUUUGUUUUUUUAACAGACUAGAACACUUUUUCAUUUUCUGUUCAGAUAUGAUAUUUUCUAAAGUUCAUUUUGCAUAAAGACUAUUGCGUAAGGACUGUUUUCUUGCAAGAGCCCGUAGGCCUUUGGUAUUCUGCUUUGGUGAACAAGAAUGUUAAACGUUAAAAAACAACCUUUAUUUUUGAGUUUUUUUAUACAUACGUAUAUUUUUAAUUACCCAGUUGGAGGUUUUAAGUAAUAAACAUGCAUUAUAAAUUAAAUUGCCUUGUAACCAAAUGAAUAUAAAUGCGUCAUGAUUUCAUUGGAGAAUAUGCUGUAGAUUUUUCUGUAAAUUAGCUUGAUCAAUGAAUACGUGUGCUACUGAGCUUUAACUAAUGUGAUCUUCCACCGUAGAAAGUCAUUGUUAAUGGAUCAAAUAUAGGUACUAAACUAUGUUUAAAUGGAUGAACAGGGAUUUUGCAGUUUUGAAAGCAAUUAAGAUCUGGCUGUUCCGCAGCCCAUCUGCUUGCCAUUCAGAAGAGUUGUAAUGCAGUGUUUUCUAUGCUAUAGAAUUAUUUUUUGGCUUUCAAUGACUGUAGCAUGAUACCUUUUUGUACUGUACUGUUUACAGACCUCCCAUGUUUUGCACUUUUCUAUCGCAAACCUUGACUGCUUUAUAAAUACUAUGUUGCAUAGUAAGUAGUGAUAGUGGUAGCAGGCUUCUGUGUACUGCAUAAUGAGUUUGAACUGCUAGACUUGCGAGGUUAACUUGGACUAACAUUGUAUGUUGCUGAUUGCUUGUUGUAGCUCACAUGUAUAAGUACUGUUCAAAGUUACAAAGUCAGCCCUCAUUGCACAAUGAAAAUCACUGUGACCUGUACAUAAACCCUAGUAAAAUUUUAUUGCUGUUUAAUUUAUGUAAUACCUGUCAAAUCUGGAUUCAUUUAAUAAACCUUUAUAUCUUUUUAAAUGGUUAAA